UUUUUAUUUCCGAACUUUGGCCGGUGGCACAUUUGAGAAGCUUCAACCAACUUGCUUUGCAAUUACUUUUGUUGACCACCAUUUAUGGUCACAUGCCUUUUUGUGGGUGCAGUUGGUUUUUCCAGAAGAAACAUGAGAAAAUCAAACUGUGGAGGCAAGGCAAGCAUUCGUCCAUUUGGCUAAGAGACAAGGAAACAACUUUAUUAUAUUAAAAUCUCCAAUUAUGAUACACAUGUUCGCAGCCAUGCAGUGUGAACGGUUUGAUGCCAUUCCUAAGGAUUUAAAAUAACGAAAACUCUGUCGGAUUUUCAUGGAUGCGACCUCUAAAAUUGCCAAAACCAGCCAGCCGCCACUUCAGUUCCGGCAGCAUGCAUAGUGCCGACCACUCUUUUCACCGUCCACUAUCAUGGAACCCACGUGCUCAUUCUAAUUUAUAAAUUACUCUGACGCCACUUCAAUUCUCCAUCCUCAUCUCCUCAAAAGCUUAAGUAUUUUCUCAUCUUUUUUAUUUUUGUCUCUGACACCGCUCUGUUACUCUCUCCAAUCUCCAUCAAUGGCGUCUACAAGCUUCCUCAAGCCGAUCUCCUCUCUGAAGCUACCCCACCCACGAUCACCCCCCUUCCAAUCCUCAAAACUACUGGGUUUUGAUCUCUCAAACUCAUUUCCUACUCAAAACCUCAAAUCCUCAACAGCCCAUCAGCGCUUGUCAAGUACCAGACGUCACUCAAGCGCCACCACACCUACAGCAUUCUUCUUCAACCACCAUAAAACCACUCCAAAACCUCCAACACCCACUAAAGUUCAAGAACUGUACGUGUACGAAAUCAACGAGAGAGACCGCGACAGCCCAGCGUUCCUAAAACUGAGUCAGAAGCCAGCCAACUCACUGGGGGACCUGGUGCCCUUCACCAACAAGAUCUACACCGGAGACCUGGAGAAGCGGUUAGGCGUCACCGCCGGCAUAUGCGUAUUGAUCCAACACGUACGGGAGAGGAAGGGUGACCGCUACGAAGCCAUAUACAGCUUCUACUUCGGGGACUACGGACACGUGUCGGUGCAGGGACCGUACUUGACCUAUGAGGACACGUAUCUAGCGGUGACGGGCGGCUCUGGGAUAUUCGAAGGGGUGUACGGUGAGGUGAAGCUACAGCAGAUCGUGUUUCCUUUCAAGCUCUUUUACACGUUUUAUUUGAAAGGCAUCCCAGAUUUGCCACAUGAUUUGAUGGGCAAGCCCGUGACCCCAUCUCCCACCGUUGAACCCUCUCCCGCCGCUAAAGCCACCCUCCCUCAUGCCUCUGUCAAAAACUUCACCACCUGAUCUUUUAUCUUUCUCUUCAUCUUAAUUUUUUUCAUUGAUUACGAGGAGAAGAAAAAAGAAAAAAAAGAAAAUAAUAUAAUAUAAUGAUAUAUCGAGAGUGAUACUUAUUUAGCUUUAUGUGUACCUCACAGAGGGGCAGUAGUUGACUUCGGGGUCUGAAAUCUGAAGAUGGCCCGCGUGUACUCUUACUAGAAAACAGGAAGUAUCGAUGGAUACAACCGAAAAAUACAAAGGAAAAGCUGAUGGAUGAAAUUAAGUUUCA